ACUCCAUUACCCACACUCCCCUGCGCGCGUCAACAGCAACAGCUAGGAUGCUGCGAUAUCUCCGACAGCCAAAGAUCGCAGUGGCUGCAGAGAUUCGGCUGCUGGACUGAAAAAAACCCUCACUCUCGUGUUUUGGUUGAUGUCAAAUCCGCCGCACGGACACACGCAGGUUCCGGGCUCCUGUCGAAUCUGCGGCCGGGUUAGAGAGACGCUUGCCCCGCGCUAAUGUGUUAGCUAACUGGGAAGGGAGAAGGAGGGGGAGACAAAUCACAGUUUAAUCGCUAGUGGGGGGGAAUUAAAUAGCCACACGGGCAGAUAUGUGGCGACUGGAGGCGGCUCCGGUUGAAUGAGGAUGGAAAGAUCUUUUCCGGGCGACGCUAUCGUUGAAGUUCCACGUCGGAAACGCAUCGCACCCGGGAGCCGCUAUCUUUCAGAGGGUAACCUGGAUAACCUUACACGCGAAAUGUCAUAGCGCGUAAGCGGCUAGCACGGAGCUAGCUCGGCUCGGACGGGGAUGGAGACGGACCCAAUGUUCCCAGCGGUAUCCUCCGACCACGGGCGGCUGCUGCAGGGAUAGCUGAGGAGCAGGACUUUUCUCCCGGAGAUGCUCUAGCCUCCCCGGGUGGUGUUAUUCACUCCUUACGUAACAGCAGCUUCAGCCGCUCCGGCUACAUCACCAGCGACUGGCUCGUGUUGGCGAAGCGAAUGGGAAAUAUCGCCUCCUAAAAACCUCCACAUCAGCACAAGAGGAGAAAGGAGAGAGGGGGUGGUGUUGGGGGGUGCAGUGCGUGUUUUUAAGGCUGCAAAUAGACUCGUUGUUGGGUUCACGGUCUGCGUGAGUGCAACCAUUCUGUGCGUGGAGACACCAGCAGCAGCUCGCCGUCCGCCCUGUGUGUCGCUUCGGACACCAUGAGGAAGUUCUUCGAUUCCCGUCGGGAGUUGGUCAGCUCCGGGCCCGGCUCCGGAGGAGGCGGCUCCGGGUCCAGUCACGCAGGCGGAAAUUUCAUUGGACGAGCCUUCACCGUCGGGCGACACCAAGUCACCGUGGAGGAGACCGUGGCUGAAGGUGGUUUUGCGAUUGUGUUCCUUGUGCGAACAAAUCAAGGGCUGCGUUGUGCCCUGAAGAGGAUGUACGUCAACAAUGAGCACGAUCUGCAGGUCUGCAAACUCGAGAUUCAAAUAAUGAAAGACCUUGUCGGUAACAAGAAUAUUGUUGGUUAUCUGGACUCCAAUAUCACUGCUAUGGGAUCAAGGGAUGUAUGGGAGGUUCUCAUACUUAUGGACUAUUGCAAAGGAGGGCAGGUGGUCAAUUUGAUGAACCAGAGGCUGCAGACCGGCUUCACCGAGGUCGAGGUGCUGCAGAUCUUCUGUGACACGUGCGAUGCCGUUUCUCGUCUGCACCAGCGCAAGUCACCCAUCAUCCACAGAGACCUUAAGGUGGAGAACAUCCUCCUGCACGACAAGGGUCAUUAUGUGCUGUGUGACUUCGGCAGCGCCACUAACAAGUUCCAGAGUCCGCAGACCGAAGGAGUUGCCACGGUGGAGGAAGAGAUCAAAAAAUACACCACUCUAUCAUAUCGUGCCCCUGAAAUGGUUAACCUGUACAACAACAAGAUUAUCACCACAAAAGCAGAUAUCUGGGCACUGGGUUGUUUGCUGUACAAGCUGUGCUUCUUCACUCUGCCCUUUGGUGAAAGCCAGGUGGCCAUCUGUGAUGGCAGCUUCACCAUUCCAGAUAACUCUCGCUACUCUUACGAUCUUCACUGCCUCAUUAGAUACAUGCUGGAGGUGGACCCAGACAAAAGACCAGAUAUCUACCAGUUGUCCUUCUUUGCUUUUAAACUAGCUCAGCGGACCAGCCCUGUUCAGAAUGUGAAGAAUUCUCAAAUUCCCUCUAAACUUCCUGAGCCAAUCAAAGCGAGUGAGGCUGCGGCUUUAAAGAAGAACCAGGCUAAGCCCAGACUGACGGAUCCUGUUCCCACCACUGAAACCUCCAUCACCCCUCGCCAGAGGCCCAAAGCAGCCCACACCCAGGCUGCUGCGGGCAUUCUACCCAUCCAGCCUGCUGCCCUCACCCCGCGCAAACGGCCUAAUAUCCCUGUUGGUGCAGCUCAGCCCAUUGGAGUCAGCUUAAACCUCGCUCAGCCCGCUGCAGCUCUGCAGUCACAGAAGGUGCAGACUUCUGCUCUGCCUCUCAUCCAGUCGCAAAACAAUUCCAGUCCGGCUGUGGCGCUGCAGAAACAGGUCGUGCUGCCAGCCGCAGUUACAGGAGCAGAGCCCCCCCCAGUAGCAGUAGUAUCACCAGUGACCAAGAGUGACGUCCAACCUCAAGCUCAGCCAACAGUCCAGCAGCAGACCACGACUCCCUCUGUGGUCAGCUCCUCCUCCCAGCAGGCAGCAGUGACUCCAUCCAGCCCGGCCCCGCCUCAGCGUCCAGCCCGUCGCAAGCAGGGUAGCCAGCCUCAGCAGCCAGCGGCUCAGCCUUCGCCCAGCAAACCGGCCUCUGAUCAACCUCCUGUAUCUCAGCCCUCAGCUGCCUCCACUGAGAUCAGCCAAAAAUCUGCUGAGACGACUCCACCUGCUUCUCCAAAGACAACUGAAGAGCGAGGGCACCAACGUGUCCCAAGUGACACCACAGCGAGUAGCAUCGCUGCAGUUCCAGUUACUGACUCUCAGCAGCUGCAGGGAGUUAAUGGAGACGCUGCUCUUAACCUAUCACUUACAUCUCAGCCAAGCAACACCCAGCAAGUUCAACAAGGUGCUGGAGACGCAGUCCAGGACCAGAACAAAGCUGGAGCCGCUGCUCCUGCCUCUGGCGGCGCAACCAUCACUCCGACACAGACGUGGAACCCCUUUGACGAUGACAGCUUCUCCAACAACUUCUCCAACCUCACUGCUGAGGAAUUCAAAUCGGAAGACAAGAAGCCCAAAGACCUACCUUCGGAAACUGAGACAUCAUUUUCUGAAGAGUUGAUACCAGGCCUGCAGGCCUUGACUGUGGAAAACGAAUCCCAAGAAACAAUUGAAAGAGCGUCAGCCAUCGUAGACUCGGGAGCUUCUCUGUUGGCUGUAGCAGAUCCUUUCUGUGCCCUGGAGCUGUUGGAUGCACCAGAGAAGCUGAUUGAAGGACUCAAAUCCCCCGACACAUCUUCACUCCUGCUGCCUGACCUCUUGUCUUUGUCGGAUCCCUUCGGUGGCUCCUUGGAAGAGUCUGCAAAAGACUCCCUCACUGCAGACGACUCUCUCCUGGGCUGCUCCCUGAUCUCUGCUCCGUCCGCCCCCCCAGCAGCGAGCAGCGCCACCUCCUCCGUAUCCUCAGCCCCCAGCUCCGCUGCCUCUGCUCUGGAUGAUUUCUGUCUGUUGUCUGGAGACUCCACGCAGCCUAAAGCAGACUCGUCUCUCCUGAUCUCGGACUUUGAGCCUCAACAAGCCAGUGGAGAGGUCGGCACCGAGGAUGAGUUUGAUCCUAUUCCCGUCACAGGGCGGAAGAACUCCCAAGACCUGCAGAGGGAGCUCCACAGCAAAGCACCGACGGGCUCCGGAGCGUCUGUCCUGCUCCAGCUGUCCGAGGAGCAGCAGACGAUGGCUGCUGCGUGCGUCCAUAACAAACACACGUUGCAAUCAGAUGAGAUGAGCACACACCACCAUGUGACACCAGCUCCUUCCACCAGUUUACCCCCCCAUCCCGUCAGCGGCCCGGUCACCUCUGACGUCUUCCAGCUGGCUCCUUUCAAAACACCUGGAAGAGAAAGCGGGGCGUCCUCCGGCAGCUCCUCCUCGUCUGCGUCCCGUAAACCCACCGAGGCGUCCGAUGUCUUCCUCCAGGCGCCGUUCGGGAAGAGGCCGGAAACCGCAAAAGCUAAUGCUCAGUUAUUUAAAUGUGGAACGCAGCACAUUCAGAGUCACCUGGUCCCCUCUGCAGCGUCUGUCCCCGGUCCCCAGCCCCUCGUCCCCCGGGCCCCUCCGCAGCCUCUCGUGCUCCAGCAACCGGUGGCUGUGCACCGGGUCGUGUCCAGGAUCGGGCAGUUGGCCGCGGUGGGCUCCGUGGCCGUGGGGCCGCUGCACUCCUGGACCAUCGGGGGACGAGCUCUGGAAGACCCGUUCGUUUCUGCACCUUUCCAUCCGAGGUGCUCCCAGGGGAAACCUUGAGGAUGUGUAACCGUCCAUUAACAAAAUGCCAAGUCAAGAGCUUUUAUUCUGCAACUAAUGAAGGAGCCAAAGUAGAAGCCAGUCGCAGUGUGACGCUUGUUUGUUCUAAUGUGGUUUUAUGAUUAUUGCUUCGGUAUCAAACGGCCUCAAUGAUCCCUUUAACAGCGAAGUACUUUAAAGUUAAUGCUCUACCUCAGUCACGUGAUAGUGCGUCAGUUCAGCGCUUUACUUACAGUCUGAACUGAGAAGUUAUUCACAGGACCGACAGUGGGUUGAUCUGGUUCUCAGUGCCCUCGUGCUGAAAACUCGCUAGGACACCAAAACCCUUUUUUUAAUAAAUUCUUUGACCAGAUAUCUUUUACUUUUAUUCCAUUUUCUUUUAUAUACUUGGUGUAUCUCAAGUGAUCCUAUUUUAUUUAUAUCUAAAACAUGUAUCUUGAGGGAAAAUAGUCACAUCUGCAUCAGCAUCUGAAACGAAAUAUCAAGUUACUGCAUUCAUUUGAAUUCUCUUAUCAAUUUUGCUGUGAAUGCAAUGAGUUCUAUUUCUGUUUUCUAUCAUCCAUCUUGUCUUAUUUCCAUUCAGACCUUUACACUUAUUGAACCUUUCAAAUCAGUGUGGGAAUAUGGUUCCAGGCUUGUGUUUACAUUCAGCAUUGAUGCUACAGCAGAUACCAAACAUUUUUCCACAAGAUAAAGAAAACCAGUGAAAUUAAAAUGGAGAGGGGGAGGGGGAGGAGUCACUUUUGCAGUUGUAGCUUUCAUGUAAGGGAAUUUUUAUCAAUAUUUAAAGGAACCCCAAAUGGUAAAUGAGCGUAGUAGACCUGCUUUUAGAGGAUGUUGCUGCCAUUUCCCCACACACUCUGAGCAGUGUUUUUAGACUUUUGUGGUUGUUUUGAAAUGAGUUUGUUACUUUUGUUUGUCUUUGGUUUUAGUAUUUUUGAAUGAAACAUAUCAUGUAUGUGGUGAAGUAAAUCAGACAGUACAGCAAGAAGUCAGCAGCAUCUCUACGGAGCCAGGAUUCUAUUAAGUUUCUUCUUAAAGUGAUAAAAUUUGAAUACAUUUUUCUUUAUUAUGCUUCAUACCAUGUGGCAGAGACUUAAAAUCAUAAUAAUACCGUAAUGCCUUUAUUAGCAGCAUUUUGUGCAUGCAUCGUAUUUUCAUUUGUAUUUUCUGACAUUUGAAACUUGACAUCAGUGAAAGUUAAUCUGUAUUAAAGUUUUAUAAAUAUAA